CCGCCGCCGCCGGGAGCUGCAGGGCCUGGGCUGGGCCCGGGCUGCAGGUUUCCAAGGGGAGGAUCUUCUGGUCCAUUCCAAUGUGUUCUGAUCCAGCUUCGUGGAGGCUGACAUGGGAACUCCUAUGGACAUGGUGCCUAGCAGUGCAUCUCGGCAUGCCGAGCCUUCGGAGGAGGAGGAGGAGAAGGAGGUCGUGCCCUGAGCUGGAGGAUCUGCACUGUGUGCUCUGAGAACGUGGCUCGUGAAGAAUGCUUGCCUGUUUGGCCAGGGGGAAUUUACUGGAUAUUCUGCAAGAGGGCUUCUCAGAGCAGCAACUACAGGCGUACAUGGCCUGGGUGAAUUCCCAGCUGAAGAAGAAGCCAGCAAUAAAGCCAGUGCAGGACCUGAGGCAGGAUCUCCGAGAUGGGGUCAUCCUGGCCACUCUCAUUGAACUUGUAGCCGGUGAGAAGCUGAAUGGCAUUCAAGUCAGUCCCACCAGCCAGCAGGAAAUGAGAGAAAAUGUAGAGAAAGUCCUGCAGUUCGUGGCAUCGAAAAAGAUCCGUAUGCACCAAACUUCAGCGAAAGAUAUCGUUGAUGGGAACCUGAAAUCCAUCAUGAGGCUGAUCCUUGCCUUAGCUGCUCAUUUUAAACCUGGCUCCAGUAGAACUGUCAUUCAAAGCCCAGCCAGCAUGGUGGGGAAGAGCCUUUCAGCAUCAUCAGCCAGUCACAGGCCUCAUUCAGCGGCCGCAGUGGCCCAGGGUGCCGUGGCCGCUCUGGCAGAUGUUCGUCAGGAUGUCUCACGCUCAGGACGUGAUGUUUUCCGGCACAGACAGAGAAACAGCAGCGUUGACGAAGAGAUUGAGAAUCCCUACUGGAGUGUCCGAGCACUGGUGCAGCAGUACGAGGGACAGCAGAGCGUGCCCUCAGAGUCUUGCUCCUCCAGUCUCACAUCACCCAGUCCCAUACACAGCACAAAGAGUGAGUCCAUUGCAACCCAGUCGGAGGAGAAGGCAGGCUUUGUGAUCAUCCGAGCUGAAGAAACAGAAACCAAAACAGAAGAGACAGACUCCCCAUUUCUCUCAGAGUGGCAGGCCGGAAGCCCUGGGACAUACCUAGAGACCUCCUGGGAGGAGCAGCUGCUGGAACAACAAGACCAUUUAGAAAAGGAAAUGGAGGAAGCAAAGAAGAUGAUUUCAGGCCUGCAGGCGUUGCUGCUCAAUGGGUCAUUACCUGAGGACGAGCAGGAGGGAUCAUUUGUCCUUUGUGAACAUGGAGCCUGUCCAGAAGAGCAGCUGGUCAUAAUCCGAAGUCGUCUGGACCAGAGCAUGGACGAAAAUCAGGACCUAAAGAAGGAGUUACUGAAAUACAAACAAGAAGCGCGAAACUUACAAGGAAUAAAGGAUGCAUUGCAGCAGAGGUUGGCUCAGCAGGACGCUUCAGUUCUUCAGCUAAAGCAGGAGCUGCUGAGAGCAAAUAUGGACAAGGAGGAAUUGCACAACCAGAAUGUUGAUCUGCAGAGGAAGGUUGAAGAGAGGAACAGACUUCUGGGAGAAUACAAAAAGGAGCUGGGCCAGAAGGAUCGGCACGUACAGCAGCACCAGGCCAAGCUAGACGAAAUGCUCCGUCAGCUCUCCGAGGCCAGCUACCAGCAGGCAGAUUUGGAGCGGGAGCUGGAGCACAAGGAGGCCCUGCUGGCUCAGUGCAUGAAGAGAGAGACAGAAGAGGUGAUGGGCUACAGCAAUCACAGCACUCAGAGCAAUGGCUUCCUCCAGACAGCAGGAAAAGGAGCUGCUCCCACAGCCCACAGAGUGACGAACGACCUGCAGUUGGUGCGUGAUGCCCUCCGCAGCUUGCGGAACAGUUUCAGCGGCCACGACCCGCAGCACCACACCAUCGACAGCCUGGAACAAGGCAUCUCCAGCCUGAUGGAGAGAUUGCACCGCGUGGAGACACAGAAGAGGCAAGAGAGAAGGGUUCAAGGGAAGUCGCCCGCAAGCCGAGCAGCGAAUGAGUAUCGAGACUCCUGGCCUCCCAACUCCAAAUUGCCUCAUUCUCACAGCACACCCACUAUGAGCAGCAGUGCCUGCACCAAAGUGCUCUACUUCACUGAUCGCUCACUCACACCUUUCAUGGUCAAUAUACCAAAGAGGUUAGGUGAGGUGACGCUGAAGGACUUCAAGGCAGCUAUCGAUCGGGAAGGAACCCACCGGUACCAUUUCAAAGCCCUGGAUCCAGAAUUUGGCACAGUCAAGGAGGAGGUCUUCCAUGAUGAUGACAUCAUUCCUGGUUGGGAGGGGAAAAUCGUAGCCUGGGUGGAAGAGGAUCAUGGGGAAAAUUAAUCAGACUCUUGGGUCUUGUUAUUGUGGGGACGUGUAGCUGGCUGGAAUGCUCAGAGAUAAUGACCAAAAAGAGUGUGAGCUGGGACAUGUCCAAUUCAAGCUGCCAAAAGAGAGGACUUCUCUGCAACCAACGGGUAAAACACUUGUGUGUGUGCGAGGAUGCCUGGUAUUUAACUUUCCAUGGCCAAAUGCAGACAGUGUUGUGAGACUGAAAUUACAGGUUGGUGGGAAAGAAUCAUCUUGCUUUGUCCUGUCAACAAAACCCUGGAGGCCUUAUUGAUGUGUUUCUCCAUUCUCCUGGUUCCCCCACCCCCUGAAAUGCCUGCUGCUGUUUGUAAACUGCACAUUUCAACUCUGAUUUGACACAUUCAGUAUUAUAUGAACCUGCAACAAUAAGUUCUGCUCUCAUGGACCAGAAGAUGCUGCUAGAUUCUACUUUUACCAGAAGAUCUGACCAACCAAAAUCCAUGCCCAGAGGAUUUGUGCUGAAGAGGCAGAGCUCCCUCCAGUGAACUUUGCAAGCUCUUGAUACAAAGAGCACCAGGAACCUGGCAGUGAAAGAAGCUUGUGGAUUGUGCUAGGCACUACCAAAGCAAAGACCACCAGGUUGGCAACGUUGUCUUUCUUCCCAAAUGCAGGCUUCCAUUUCCUCGACUUGCUUCUGCUGUUUGCCCUCCAACUUGCAAUCAGGUCUGAGCUCUGUUGCCCUGGGAAGUUGGAACUCUUUGGUAACCAGGUGCUUACUUAACUGCCAAUGGAUUUUUGUUUUGGGGAAGGGAGCAGGAACCUUCCUAGCUUCCCCACAGGGGUAAUAAGGUACUUUUGCUUCUCCUUUUGCCAGCCCUUUCUCUACAGCCAUUACCAUCCCUGCCCUUUCCCUACAUCCAGUAAGGCCAACAGAAAAUCUAAUCUACUCUCCCAGGAAACAAGCAGGAAUGUUUCUUCAGGGAUGAAGUGACAGAGUCUGUUCGAUUGGUGUAUCUGUAUUUCUUCUUCCCACUUUCUCUGUGCAGGCAUCACCAUGUACUUGAUCUUCACUGACUGACAAGGCCGUUAAGCAAAUAACCAAACUGCUAGGAUAGAUA